AUGUUAGGAAAUGGGUCUUCUGUCUUCCAGUGGACCACGGGAACCCAGAAGACCACGGGCACGUGGAGGACCACGGACACCUGGUGGACCACGGGCACCUGGUGGACCACGGGCACCCAGUGGACCGCGGGCACCCAGUGGACCGCAGAAACCCAAGUAGACCACAGACAAGUGGCAGACCGCGGGCAGCCGGUGGAUCAUGAGCACCCAUUGGACCGUGGGCACCCAGUGGACUGCAGGCAAGUUGUGGACCACGGGCACCUGGUGGACCGCGGGCACCUGGUGGACCACGGGCAAGUGGCGGACCGCGAACACCUGGUGGACUGCAGGCACCUGGUGGACCACGGGCACCUGGUGGACUGCGGGAACCCAGUGGACCACGGGCACGUGGCGGAUCGCGGGCCCGUGGCGGACCACGGGCACGUGGCGGACUGCGGGCACCCGGUGGACCGCGGGAACCCGGUGGACCGCGGGAACCCAGUGGACCACGAGCAAGUGGCGGAUUGCGGGCACGUGGCGGACCGUGGGCACCCGGUGGACCGCGGUCACGUGGCGGACCGCGGGAACCCGGUGGACCGCGGGAAUCCAGUGGACUGUGGGCAAGUGGCGGACCGCGGGCACGUGGCGGAGUGUGGGUACCUGGUGGACCGUGGGUACCCAGUGGACCACGGGCAAGUGGCGGACCACGGGCACCUGGUGGACCACGGGAACCUGGUGGACCAUGGGCACCCAGUGGACCACAGACAAGUGGCGGACCACGGGCACAUGGACCAUCGGGUUGAGAAGGAUGGGGACCGCCUGUGGCGAUACUGCGACCCCUGCCUGUCCGCAUGCUCAGCAGCACCCUGGAGCCGAGCCCCGGAUGGAACCGCGCCUGUGUCCGUGAGAAUGGCGGGCAGUAGAGAAGAUGGUGCGGAGCAGGGAAGAGAGCGGGAAGGUCGAACAUUUCAGCUCUACGUGCACUCGGUGACAGGCUCUGUUGCCACCAUGCCCGUCCCUCGCCUUUCGGCCUUGGAGUGGCUUUCCCGGGCCUCAGUGCCCCCGACCCCGCGAAUAUGCAGCUCCAGGUCUGGGGACACACCCCACCCAGGGAGGCAAACCUCUCAGCAGGCCCGGGCCAGGGUCCGCCUGCUGGAGGAUGCACAGAGGCACCCACUGCCUCAGGAGCCCAGCACGGUGGUGGUGCUGCCCUUGGAGGAAACGGCGCUGCUGCGAUGA